AUGCCAAAGGAUUUGCGUACCCAAACACAUUUGUAUCACAAUUCUCUUUUCUUUUUACGAGUACGUGCGGCAGCAUGCAGGGAUAUAUUACUGGCUGAAAGAUGUUCUGCAGCAAAAACGGGAGUACUUAGUCCUGCAAAGCAGAAGUGUGAAGUGCUAAGCUUCUUGGACAACGGCCAACAGCGCGUCACGCUGCCGCUACGCAGCUUCACUACCACUGUGUGGGCUCAAUCUGUCUCUGGGUUGAGCUUUGCGACCCUUGUCACAUGCAGUACGUCUUCCACCAAGAGUUCAUCGUCAGCAGACUUAGCUACUUGGAUCGCGGUGUUGUGCCUGGUGGCUUGUGCGGCGGGCGGGAGCGUGCGCGAGAAGCGCGGCUUCCUCGGCGGGCUGCACUCCGUGGGCGGCGGCUACUCCGGCUACGGCGGUGUCUCUGCCUUAGGCGGCAUCUCUGACAUAGGCGGCUACUCCGCGCCCGCGGCUCAAGUGGUCUCCGUCAACAAGGUCGUCAACGUGCCCAGGGUUGUGAGCGUCCCACAAGUAGUCAGAGUAAACAAGGUCGUCUUCCGUGCCCCAAGUUGUGUCUGUUAA